AUGCAGAUCGAAAAAAGCGAGAAAGUGGGAAAAGGAACGUUUGCGCAAGCAGGUGAUAGUGAGUCAGCCAAAAAUUACGACAUCAACGGAAAUGUAGUUGGAAAUAUGGGGACGAUAAAAAUAGACUUCUUUCAGAGUCCAUCCGAACGACAAUCAUCCUAUCGGUUUAAGAAGUUACGAAAAUCUGAUGAACAAGAUAUUUCCAACGAGAAGGAUGACGAGAUAUGGUCUUCAGACUAUUCAUAUUAA